AUGAAAUUCUACUUAAUCACGGCGCUUCUUAUUAUUGGAUCCGAAGCACAAGAUACUUUCAAAUGUCCGGAUGACUUUGGCUUUUAUCCUCAUCAUUUAUCAUGUGACAAAUAUUGGAAAUGUGAUAACAAUGUCGCAGAAUUAAAAACUUGUGGCAAUGGCCUUGCUUUUGACGCUUCAGAUGCGAAAUUUCUUACAGAAAAUUGCGAUUAUUUACACAACGUCGAAUGUGGCGAAAGAACUCAGCUUGAACCACCAAUCAGCACACCUCACUGUGCUCGACUUUAUGGUAUUUUCCCAGACGAAAAAAAAUGUGAUGUAUUCUGGAAUUGUUGGAAUGGUGAAGCAUCUCGAUACCAAUGCAGUCCUGGACUUGCCUACGAUCGUGAAGCUCGUGUUUGCAUGUGGGCUGAUCAAGUACCUGAAUGCCGUAACGAUGAAGUAGCUGGCGGUUUUUCAUGUCCCGCUGCUGGUGAAGUCGCUGGAGCGUCCGGAAGUUUUUCCAGGCAUGCUCAUCCUGAGGACUGCAGAAAAUAUUAUAUUUGUCUAGAAGGAAUUGCUAGAGAAUACGGAUGUCCUGUUGGUACUGUUUUCAAAAUUGGUGAUACAGAUGGAAGCGGUAACUGUGAGGAUCCCGAAGACGUUCCUGGUUGGUAAGUUGAACACGCACAGGACUUUGCAUAUUAAUUUUUUAUUUUAGUCCAUAGCACUAUGAACACAUCGUAAAUUUUCCCGAAUCAGAAAAAUUAACUUAGAUGAGCU